GGAGUGUAAAAUUAAGCUUUGGCGAAAAACCGACGAAGCCCUAUAGUUAAAGACAAAUUUAUUCCUUUUUAUAUUUAUUUAGUUGUAUCACUGUGAAAACACACUAGGCCCAACACACAGCAAUAUUGUUUUGUGUCUUAGUUUUUAUUAUAAAUUACAGCGGUGCAUUUUUAUAGUAAAAAAUAAGUUUAUUAUCUACUGAACGGGCUUCAUUCAAUUCUUCUCACAGCUGUUGUUUAUCUUGUGAAGUCAUGGGUAUUGGCGAACCUCUCGAGAUUUCAGGUAGUGAGUUAGUUCACAUUUUGCGCACUCCCAGUGAGUUCUUCACGUCCGGAGGAUGUAUCGUGUUGGACUGCCGGCCUUUCCUCGCCUACUCCCGGUCGCACAUCAUCGAGUCUCGCAACGUGAACUGGAACUCAAUGUUGAGGCGCAGAUCCAAGAGCUCCGUGGUGUCUCUCGAGUGGCUGGUGGCCGAUAAAUCGCUGCUGGCCCAGCUACGUAACGGGGACUUCUCUCCGGUGGUCGUCCUGGAUGAAAACAGUCGGUCGGUCGGAGAUCUGAAGAGUGAGAGUCUGGCCAGUCUCCUGAUCAGUGCCCUUCAAUUAGAGGUCCAGUCUGGAUCUACUCAGAUCUGCUUUUUACAAGGUGGCUUUGAUGGAUUCUUUACACAUUACCCAGAGCUUUGUUUUAACCUUCCGGUCAUGUGUUCAAAUCCUGCUCUCAGUGACUCGGAACCCAUCGUGUCAGGAAGAAAGACUCCUCUCUAUGAUCAGGGUGGUCCAGUUGAGCUCCUUCCCUUCCUCUUUCUUGGCAGCGCUCAUCACUCGUCCAGAAGGGAAACUCUGGAGCGGUGUGGGAUUACGGCUGUUCUUAACGUUUCCUCCUCUUGUCCAAACCUGUUUGAGGAAGAACUUCAGUACAAGACGCUAAAGGUCGAAGACAAUCUAGCUGCAGAUAUACGUGUGCUCUUUCCUGAAGCAAUCCAUUUCAUUGAGUCGGUAAAAGAAAGCGGUGGCCGAGUGUUGGUCCACUGUCAUGCAGGGAUCUCUAGGUCAGCGACCAUCUGCCUGGCAUACCUGAUACACGCCCGCCGUGUCCGCCUCGACGAGGCUUUUGACUUUGUGAAACGCCGCAGACAAGUCAUCUCACCCAACCUGGCUUUCAUGGGCCAACUGCUGCAGUUCGAGACAGACGUUCUGUGCCCUUUUUCUGUACUAGACCGAGAAAACAGCGCUGCUGCAUUUUAGUGGCUGUGUACGGAUUGAAGAAAUCUUGAACUGGCCUCCAAUGAUCUGUGACAGAACAUUAUAAACUUGAGACUUUGUCAAGAAGACAAAAGAAGAUCUACUGGUUGUGCUCCACAGCUUGGAUAUCAGAGACUGUGAAAGAUCUAUAAAGGUGCUUUUGUGUGUUGUGUUGUUUGAUGUGAGUUCAGGUGAACGUCUCCAAUCCUACGGGUAUACAUAUAUUUGAAUGCCAUUGUGCGGCAGCAGGAUUAUGGCACAUGCUUAAGGUCUCUGCUGUCGUAGAUGACAUUCACCAACUAUCUUUACUUGAUUGUUUAUGGCAAAACAGAAACUAUAUAUAGCGAAUGCCUGUCUGUUUCCAAACAAUAGUAAUGGCAUCACUGACACGUUCAAUGACAACACUGCUACACCCAAUAACCAUCAUGGAAAAUACAAAUGUUGUGAAUGUGUUAAUCUUGACUAAAUACUAUUGUUGUCUUUUGACAUAAACAUAAUCGUCCAGGAGCUUUCAGACAAUCAAACCAAAGACCAAACCUCAACUGACAGCUUUAAAACUGGAAAAAAUAAAGCAUUGACAUUUUUAGCCUUUAACAAUAAUAUGCUUAGUAUGUAUGUCUACAAUGCAAUCAUUUUAUUGCAUCAGUCAAUGUUCCGUCUGACUGCACUACGUGAUUCUGUGACUAUAUUUGGUGGCGGUGAUGUGUGGUUAGUUUGGUUCUCUUGUAAAUGUCAAGUUUUUCCAUUAUGUGUUUGUCUAAUUGUUAGUCUGAAACAAAUUUUUAAAGGGCAAAUACCUGACAAACUGUGAUUUUAGGUCAUUUAAAAAAGUGAACAGGCACAGAAUCUUGUUUUCUUAUAGAAGUAACCUAUAUGUUUUUUUGUAUUUUUAAGUAUUAUUUUAUUUUCCUUUUUGUGAAUUUGUGUCAAUAUUUAUUUAUCUAUUUGCUUUCAAGCCAUGCACUUUAAAUGUUGAGUUUUUAUAACAAUACAUUUUGUUACACUGUUCACUUAUUUUAAAGUAUAAAUAAAUAAAUACAUUUUAAUACAGAA